AUGUCCCUUCCUGAGAUCACAGGGAAAGACCUGGGCCUGGCCCAUGACUCUUUCUCAGUCCUCAAGCCUGUCAGCCUUCAGACGGGAACUUACACCAUCAGCUCUCCUGGCUCUCAGACCUUCAGCCUUCAGACGGGAACUUACACCAUCAGCUCUCCUGGCUCUCAGACCUUCAGCCUUCAGAUGGGAACUUACACCAUCAGCUCUCCUGGCUCUCAGACCUUCAGCCUUCAGAUGGGAACUUACACCAUCAGCUCUCCUGGCUCUCAGACCUUCAGCCUUCAGAUGGGAACUUACAUCAUCAACUCUCCUGGUUCUCAGACCUUCAGCCUUCAGACUGGAACUUACACCAUCAGCUCUCCUGGCUCUCACACCUUCAGCCUCAGACUGGAACUUACACCAUCAGCUCUCCUGGCUCUCAGACCUUCAGCCUCAGACGGGAACUUACACCAUCAGCUCUCCUGGCUCUCAGACCUUCAGCCUCAGACGGGAACUUACAUCAUCAACUCUCCUGGUUCUCAGACCUUCAGCCUUCAGAUUGGAACUUACACCAUCAGCUCUCCUGGUUCUCAGACCUUCAGCCUUCAGAUUGGAACUUACACCAUCAGCUCUCCUGGCUCUCAGACCUUCAGCCUCAGACUGGAACUUACAUCAUCAACUCUCCUGGUUCUCAGACCUUCAGCCUUCAGAUUGGAACUUACACCAUCAGCUCUCCUGGCUCUCAGACCUUCAGCCUUCAGACGGGAACUUACACCAUCAGCUCUCCUGGCUCUCAGACCUUCAGCCUCAGACGGGAACUUACAUCAUCAACUCUCCUGGUUCUCAGACCUUCAGCCUUCAGAUUGGAACUUACACCAUCAGCUCUCCUGGUUCUCUGACCUUCAGCCUUCAGACGGGAACUUACACCAUCAGCUCUCCUGGCUCUCAGACCUUCAGCCUCAGACGGGAACUUACACCAUCAACUCUCCUGGUUCUCAGACCUUCAGCCUUCAGACGGGAACUUACACCAUCAGCUCUCCUGGCUCUCAGACCUUCAGCCUCAGACGGGAACUUACAUUCUCAGCUCUUCCCAAUCUCCAGCUUGCUAAUUUAUCCUGCAGACUCAGGACUUGUCAGCCUCCACAAUCAGAUGAAUCAGAGUGGCAGCUGUGAGGGGAGGUCGAGCGGCCAAGCACAGGAGAGUGCCCUGGACAUCCAGCCUCAGCACACGGCACUCCCGAGGGAACUCUGCCCAUCUCUUCCCCCAGAAAACCAAGUAGUGUCAAUGAAGGGGAACGUGUUUGAGCCACCACUGUCUUUUUUGAUGGAUUUUGAGGAAGAGGGAGCAGAUAAAGCCUGAGUGCCAUGGGAUAAAGUCCCCAAAAUUCAUGUGUUGAAGUCCUAAGGCCCAAUACCUCAGAAUAUGACCUUAUUUGUAGAUAGGGUUUUUACAGACGUAAUCAAACUACAGUGAGAUCAUUCAUGUGGGCCUUAAUCCCACAUGACCACUUGUAUGGGCUAACUCCUCCAAAAUUCCUACGCUGAAGAUGUAGCCUCCAGCAGGGCUGUAUUUGGAAAUAGAGUCUAUGAGAUGAUGAUAAAGGUUAAAAGAGGUCACAAGAAUGGAACCCCAAUCCGAUGCCUUUAUAAGAAGCAGCAGAGACACCAGAGCUCUCUGUCCCCACUGCACGUGAGGACACAGCCAGAAUGUAGCCAUCUGCAAGCCAGGAAGAGCCCUCGCCAAAUCCCCCACUGAUAGCACCUUGAUAUUGGAUUUUUCUAACCUUUAGAACCAUGAGGAAAUAAAUUUCUG